ACAGAAUAUUGGCUGUUACAUUGGAGUCUUGGUUUUGAUUGGAGAUUGUGGUUUCUGUAAAAUGUUUGUUUGAUGAGUGGUAUAAAAUUGCUUUUUUAAAUAAGAAAAAAGUUGAGUUAUUGUAUGAUUAUACUUCCGAUGUCUGUAUUAUCAACAGCAAUGGGAACAGAAGUUUCCCUUUAUCAUUGGAAUUGAAAUGUCUUCGAUAUUCAAUAAUUUUGCCCUACAAUUCAUACCAAUAGCCUGUGGUUACACAUAUUCUAUUUUUAUUUUUGACUCAAUCGUGAAUAUUAAGAGUUCGAAACAAUUGAAACUUUUUCGGCCAUAAAUAUUUCAUCAUAAUGGAAGCUAUAUUUCAUGAAAAGCAAGAAGGUUCCUUGUGCGCUCAGCACUGUUUGAACUCACUUUUACAAGGACCGUAUUUUACCGCCGUAGAUCUGAGUUCUUUAGCUCAGAAGUUAGAUGAUGAAGAGAGACGAAGGAUGGCUGAAUGUGGAGAAGAAAGUGAAGAGUAUCGCAAAUUCUUACAGCAGCCAUCUGGAAACAUGGAUGAUAGUGGUUAUUUUUCUGUACAAGUAAUAAGUAGUGCUCUUCAAGUGUGGGGCUUAGAAUUAGUGCCUUAUUCGAGUUCAGAUAAGAGAAUCAGCAUGAAUAACCCGAGUCAAAUGUAUGCCUUCAUAUGUAAUUAUCGAGAUCAUUGGUUGACUAUUCGAAAAAUCGGGAACCAGUGGUUCAAUCUCAAUUCCCUAUUAUCAAAACCAGAAUUAAUAUCCGACACAUAUUUGUCUUUGUUCUUGGCACAAUUGAUGAAUGAUGGAUAUUCAAUAUUUGCUGUUUUUGGAGACCUACCAGAAUGCACUGCCGAUGAAAUUCUAAGAAAUAAUCCUGCCCGUGCAAUUCCUAGGCCUAGUCUGAAAGCUGCUUCAUCUAAUGAAAGCGAUCCCGACGUUCAAGCAGCACUUCAGCGUAGCUUGAGAGACGAAAAUGAUUGCUAUACUCCCGAAAAUGAAGAUAAGGAUUUGCAGGAAGCACUGAGGUUGAGUAUGCAAAAUUUCAGCAACAGGCUAGAAGAAGAUGAUGAAGAAACCUUAUUACGAAAAGCUAUUAAUAUGAGUUUGGACUGUUAGAAAUCUUUUACUUUGAAUCCUUUUUGUAUAUAUAUAUAUUAACUGUUAUUUUUUGUUGAUAUUUUGUAAUGUUUCAGUUUUUAUAAAUUAACUUCAUAAUCAA